AUGACGGCCAGAGUUGACCGGAUUCGCCGGGUUGGAGGCUCCGACAAAUCUGCCUAUACCUACUAUCCCGUCCUCAUCAUAGGAGCCGGCGAGUCGGGUAUCGCCAUGGGGUGCAGACUACGACAGGUUCUAGGAUUCGAUCAAUUCCGCAUUUUCGAGAGAAACUCGGCGUUGGGAGGCACCUGGUACAUAAAUCACUAUCCUGGCAUUGCUUGCGAUGUACCGGCCAUCUUGUACUCGUACUCAUUCGCACAGAACCCGAAUUGGACGUCUCUGUUCCCAUCCGGCGAGGAGAUCGUCCGCUACCUCUACGGCGUGUGUGAGAAAUUCGAAAUCCUCGAUAAGAUCCAACUGGAGACUUCGGUCAAGAGCGUGCGCUGGAUCGAUGAAGACAAUGAGUGGGAAGUCCUCCUGGAACAUCUCGCUCCUGGCGUCGGCGACCUGCCCACCUCGGAACGACAAGCACUGGAGAAGGAAAAAGGAGUUGAAAGCACAGUGCUGCGCGUCGAAACGGUGCGUGCAAAGAUCGUGGUCAGCGCAGUGGGAGGCUUGGUCGAACCGAAACCUCCGCUCGAGGUGCCCGGGAUUGAGACAUUCGCAGGGGAAAUCGUACACACGGCCCGCUGGAAGCCUGACCUCAACCUACAGGGAAAGGAAGUCAUUGUCAUAGGGACGGGCUGCAGUGCGGGCCAAGUGGUGCCGGAGAUCAUCAAGCCGGAAUACGGGGCAAAGCAUGUUACUCAACUGAUGCGCAGUCCGCCGUGGGUGGUUGAGUUUCUCGAACCACCCGCCCGAGAGUUCUACGCGAAAUGGAUUCCCUGGUUGAGCCAACGCAUCCCGGGGUUUCAGAACGCCCUGCGCAAAUUCACUUUUGGAAUGAUGGAAUUAGAGUUCGUCACUCUGUUUUCGCCGACCGACGCCGCCCGUGAGCAGCGGAAAAGGAAGGGCGAGCAACUCCUCGCCUACCUCCGCAAAAAGGUGCCGGCCGAAUACCACGAGAUCCUGACGCCGGACUACGAAGUGUUUUGCAAACGGCGCGUGGUCGACGAAGGCUGGUUCGAAAGCCUCCAGAGCCCCAACGUGGAACUCACCACUCUGCCCAUCACGGCCGUCCAGCCACGUUCCGUCACCUUAGGUCCAGGAAGACACUAUCCGCCGCUGUCGAAGACAGACUCCCAAGUGCCAACGGAAGCCCGCAAUGUCGCGGCCGACGUGAUCAUCAUGGCCAACGGCUACGAGACCAACCAGUGGCUGCACCCGCUCGACGUGACGGGCCGGAAUGGCCGCAGUCUGUACAAGACCUGGGACGAGCGCGGCGGCGCGCAGGCAUAUUUAGGCACCGCCAUGGACGGCUUCCCCAACUUCUUCAUCAUCUUCGGCCCCAACACCGCCACGGGCCACAGCAGCGUCAUCCUGGCUAGCGAGAACAUGGUCAACUACAGCCUCAACUUCAUCGGACCCAUCCUGCGCGGCGACGUCGACACCUACGAAGUCAAAGAGUCCGCCGAACGCAAAUGGACCGCCGACAUACAGAACACGCUUAAAGACAGCGUCUUCCUCUCCGGCGGCUGCAAGUCCUGGUAUAAUAGUCCCACGGGCUGGAAUUCGACCGUCUACCCCUGGACCCAAGUCGACUUCACCCUGCGGUGCGCCUUCCCGCGCUGGCGCCACUGGGACGCAAAGUACACCCGCAAGGGACUGGCUAAGGCCCGCUUCGCCCGCGCGUCCAAGUUGUUCGGUCUGGUCGUGGCGCUCUGGGCCGUAGUCUUUGCUGCCAGGAACGGUAACAACCGCCUGAAGGAGGUGGUCUGGCGCAUCUUGAGUCGUGGUGUUGACGGUGUCAAAGGUGUCGUCGCCAGAGCUACGAGAUAG